AUGGCUAACACAGACUCGGUCAGCGUGCGCGUCUUCUCUCUGAACUGCUGGUCAGUGAUUUUUACUCCAUUUCUUCUUCUUCUUCUUAUAUAAAUGUCUCAAAUCACUCAAAUCCUCAUCGCCCAUCAUUCCUCUGUUUCCUCUUUCAGGGGGAUCCGCUACGUCAGCAAACACUGUCCUCAGCGCUACGCCAUGAUUGGAGACUUGCUGUGUAAGGGAGAGCAUGACGUCGUCCUGCUGCAAGAGGUCGGUGCAAACCAAAGAAACCACAUUACCGCGUCCCUGUUCUGCUUUUAUUGAAGCUUGUAUGAGUGUUAGUUAUUGUUUAAAAAGCUCAGUACUCUUUAUUUUCAUUGAACUGUUUUUCUUCAGGUGUGGAGCGAGAAAGAUUACCUGUCCUUGAAGAAGAAGCUCUCCUGUAGUCAUCCUCACUCCCAUUACUUUAAAAGGUAACUUUUCUGCUCUCCUCUGUCUUUGAACGUCGUUUAAUCUGUGAUUAAUUUUCGUGUCUGUUAUCACUUUAAGGCACAUGAAGCGCCUUAGUGUCAGAAAAUGUAUUUCACAGCAUUGAUCAGUCUGAAAACGUACCUACGAGGAUUAACUCCUGAAGCUUAAUUCUCUCUUGACCUCCAUACCGAAGCACAAGACUGAGAUUUAACAGAAACCCAGACUUUCUAAUCCCCUCUGCAGCUCGCUAAAGUGUCAACUCCAGUAGAUCAGCUCUUACAUCUACCAGAUCACACCUGUAAUACCGCUGAUCCACAUCGAGACGAAGGAUUUUAAUGAUUCGAUCAAUCUGAACUCAGCUGAAGCUGUAGGAAGUGUCGAGGGUUUAACGUCUUCCUCUCUCUUUUUGCAGCGGAGUGAUCGGCAGCGGUCUGGCCAUUUUCUCCAAAUACAGAAUCCACGACACGUUUGUUUAUCGAUACUCGCUGAACGGUUAUCCUUACAUGGUAAGUCUGCAGAGGCUCGAGACAGCUGAGAAUGAACCACUUUAUUCAAACAGUUUAAAAACGUUUAACUCAUUAUCCACCAGAAAGUGUUUCCCCACAGAUUUCUCAUAAUGAAGUGGUCUGAAGAACUCAUGAUCAUAAAAACACAUGAAAAGGUCCAUGUCUGAUAUUGUGUCUAAGUUGAGUUUCAGACCCAGAUAAAAAGCGGACCAGUCUCCAGUUUCUUCUGUCAGCGAUGAUAAAAGAUUGAUUUGAAACUCCUCCUUUAAAGUCCAUGUUGUUUUCUUCCUUUUGUCUUUUUCUCCUGAUGGUUAUUUUCCUGUUUCCUCUUCACACUCAGGCUCACCAUGGAGACUGGUUUGGUGGUAAAGCAGUCGGUCUGGCCGUCUUGAGCAUCGGUAACCUGACUGCAAACGUUUAUGUUACUCAUGUAAGCUCUUUCCUUCGAUCAGCCCUGCCUCUGUAUUUACACACACACACCUCCUGAUCCGUCUGCUGACUGUUGCUGGUGUGUAUUGAUGGUUUUCAGCUGCAUGCUGAGUACUGCAGGGACAAAGACUCCUACCUACCUCACAGAGUGGUUCAAGCCUGGGAGCUGCAGCAGUUCAUCCGGUACACAACCUGACAGAUGAGCCAAUAUUUGUUUCCUUUGGUUUGUAUUUGUAUUUCUGAGCUUGACUUCACCUGCUCUUGUUUGAAGUUGCAGAAAUAUUAAAAGUAACUCCUCCUGACUGUGUUCUCCUCAGUGUGAAGCUCAGGGAAGUUAUUCAUGUUAUUCAUUCAUUCAUCCUUCCAGCCACACCUCUGCUGGAGUGGACGUGGUGAUCGUGGGCGGCGACCUCAACAUGCAUCCUCAGGACCUCGGAAACAGACUGCUGAGGACUUACACUGGACUCCACGACUCGUAUUUAGAGACCACGAAAUUUGAUGUAAGAGUGUUGACUUCAUCUGAUUACAUCUAAGGCUGUGUGAUUGUGGCCUUUUAAUUUAAGAGAAGUGAAAUACACCAACUUCACCGACCAAGAUUAUGGUGGAUAAGAGGCCGGUUGAGCACAUUUUAAAUGUGUUUUAAUUUUGUUUUUUGUGAAUGUUAAAAUAAUUUGUGUUUCAGGGAUGUGAGGACGGUUUGACUCUCAUCGCCGACAACCCUUUCAUCACUGAAAAGGAGCUCGGUCCUUUUGAGAAGGGGAUCCGAAUCGACUACAUCCUGUUCAAAGUACGAGAGAGUUUCAUGUUUUAUCCUCUGGCUCGGUGUCGAAUCAUCAAUACUUCGUUUGAGUCUUUAACUUUGACUUUUGUUGCUCAGGGUUCUCCAAAAUUGGGCAUCUCCUGUGAUUCCAUGAGCACCACCAAAGGCUCCGUCCCCAACCAUCCGUUCCCGUACUCCGACCACGAGGCUCUGACCGCUGAACUCAGGCUUAAGCCACGCCCUCUAACUGAUGCAGGAGGUGACAACCAAUCAAAGACUCAGGACUCAAAUGCAGGUAUUAUUAUAAGAACUUUACUCCUACAGAUGUUGAUGUAAUGUCAGAACGCAGCCUUAACUCAGGGACUGUGUGCUUCUAAGACUGAUUGCACAACAGCAAAGGUCAAAGGUUAUCCCACUUUGAAGACUCCUCCGAAUACAAUCAGUAAAUGUCUCCUACUCUCCCAGGCCCCUGGGUGCAUCCCUUUGGACCCAGGAUCUUGUGAGUCAGUUCAGUCUAGAUAGUGGACUCUGAAAUGGAAGAGUACCGCGCUGUAAAACACAGAUUUACAAACUUUAGGAGGUGACCUGAAUGUGUUUUUUCUCCACCUGCACCAUCAGUUUAAAAACAAACAGCAGUGACACUCGGUGGUUGUUUUUUUUGAUUCUGCUCAUAUUUCACAGUUUCACUGUUACCGGCUCACGUCGUUGUGCUUUUGAGAGUUUUUGUGGCGAGUCCCCGAUCUCUUCAUUUAACAUCGAGCUGAUGUCUUAGAGCAGCAGUCACUCUGUCUGCAGAGACUUGGCUGUAAAACUUAAGGGUCAGGGUCAGGGUUUCAGCAAAAAUAGCAGCCUUGCGUAUCUGAUCCGACCGCCGGAGCCGAUCCGCAGCGGAGCCGGAUAGCACUGAUUCUGUGGAAUGACACACAUUGAUUAUAAUGCUUGUGUAUUUGAUCCGCCUACCGUUCCGGAGUGGAGCGGAGCUGCUCCGGAUCCUGUGGGUUUUGCCCAUUAGUCCGGUCACGGUAUGGAGCCGGUCUGGAAACUGGAAUCGUAGUUUGAAGGGAGUCAGUUCACCUCCCAGGAACUGAAAAUCAGAAUCAGAAUCAGAAUCAAACUCAGAAGGGAUUUUAUUGCCAUUGUCAAUGAACAGGAUUCACAGACUAGGAAUUUUUUACGGCGUGAUGGUGCAACAUUUAACGGAGAGAAAUAUGUAAAAUACUAGAAUAAAAAUUAAUAAGAGCAUGCAGGACUUAUAUAAAGUAUAAAAGUAUAACAGGCUAAGUACAGUGUCCCAAUAAAUGUGUCCCAAUCUGGCAUUAGUUCAUGUGCAGAAAACUGAAUUCGAGUUUGUUUGUUUGUAGGAUCCAGUUUGUUCACUUUGGUUUUUGUGUUUGUAGCGUUUUAAUAAAAAAAAAAGAAUAUUAUUUCUGGGAUUAUUUAGAAAUGAUCGAGGUCAUAGUCUUCAGUUUCAUUUCAGCGGAUCUCUCUUCUUGUGAAAAUGCUUCAAUAAUCUGAUCGAUGUUUUCACUUUAACCCACAGGUUCAUUUUAAAAAUAUAAUCACUGAUAAAAAUGUUUCAGUUAUCCUAUCAGGGUGUACGGGCUCACUAAUGUGAACACUGAUAUUUCCUUCUGGCCUGUCUGUCUGGAGUCACGUUCACAUUCAUCAUGUCCACAAUAAUCUGUAAUUUCAUUCGUGUUUGAGAGACGAGUCCAACAUGAAUCACAGAAAUGAUUAAAUGUAAUUUUCUGAAGCUAAUCCCAUCAGGUUGUGUCUGCAGAGUUCAGCUCAGAGGCUGAAGACUCGUUUAGAUUCCUGACGUCCUCUUUGUCUCUCCUCCGUGUCCUCAGAGAAGCUGGCUGAGUUGGUGGACAUCGUGACGGAGGCUCGGACCGAAGUCAAGGUGGGUCUGCACUGCGCUGAAAGGAUGCGCUACACGGCGGCGCGCACAGGAGUGAUGGGCUUGGCUCUGCUGAUUCUGGAGCUGGCCAUCGCCGCUGUGCCCUGGUUAGCUCUGGGGGUGGAGCAACCUUUCCCUCGCACCUCCUUCUACCUGCUGGCCGCGCUCUGCUUCGCCAUCCUGCUCAGCACCUUUCUGCUGUACGUCUUCUACACCAUGGAGCUGAAGUCCCUGCAGGGAGCCGAAGACCAGAUGAGGCUGGCUGUAGGAAGUCUUCAGGAGAAGCUCAGGGGGUUUCCUCUGGCUCAGCCACACGAUCCUCAGAGGAAACCCCCAGAGGGCCAGGAGCCCAACGCCUACGCCCCCGAGGAAUAA